UCUGUGAUGAUCAAAGAUGGCUGCGCCCAUGUAAUACCAGCAGCUGCAACUGACCUUUCUGUUUUCCUCCUCGUCACCUGGUCCCUGUGGUGGCAGACGGGGCACGAGGACCAUGCUGGGCCGGACCCUCCGAGAAGUUUCUGCAGCACUGAAACAAGGCCAGGUUACGCCAACCGAGCUCUGUCAGAGAUGUCUCUCCCUCAUCAGGAAGACCAAGUUUCUAAACGCUUACAUCACUGUAUCAGAAGAAGUGGCCUUAAAGCAAGCCGAAGAAUCAGAGAAAAGGUAUAGGAAAGGUCACUCACUGGGGGAUUUAGAUGGAAUUCCUGUUGCAGUAAAAGAUAACUUUAGUACGUCUGGCAUUGAGACAACCUGUGCAUCGAACAUGCUGAAAGGUUAUGUACCACCUUAUAAUGCCACAGUGGUUCAGAAGUUGUUGGAUCAGGGAGCUCUACUAAUGGGAAAAACAAACUUAGAUGAGUUUGCUAUGGGAUCUGGAAGCACAGAUGGCAUAUUUGGACCAGUUAAAAACCCGUGGAGUUAUUCAAAACAAUAUAGAGAAAAGAGGAAGCUGAACUCUCACAGUGAGAAUGAGGAUUCAAAUUGGCUCAUAACUGGAGGAAGCUCGGGAGGAAGUGCAGCGGCCGUGUCAGCGUUCACGUGCUUUGCGGCUUUAGGAUCAGAUACAGGAGGAUCAACCAGAAAUCCAGCUGCCCACUGUGGGGUGGUUGGUUUAAAACCAAGCUAUGGCCUAGUUUCUCGUCAUGGUCUCAUUCCUCUGGUGAAUUCAAUGGAUGUGCCAGGAAUCUUAACCAGAUGUGUGGAUGAUGCAGCCACUGUGUUGGGUAUACUAGCUGGGCAUGAUCCCAAAGAUUCUACCACAAUUCAAGAUCCUGUUAAACCAUUUACGCUUCCCAGUUUGACAGAUGUGAGCAAACUAUGCAUUGGAAUUCCAAAGGAGUAUCUUACACCAGAACUGUCAAGUGAAGUACAAUCUCUUUGGUCCAGAGCUGCUAAUCUCUUCGAGUCUGAAGGGGCCAAAGUAAUUGAAGUCUCCCUGCCCCAUACCAGCUACUCAAUUAUGUGCUACCACGUAUUGUGUACAUCGGAAGUGGCAUCGAACAUGGCAAGAUUUGAUGGGCUAGAAUAUGGUCACAGAUGUGACAAUGACGUGUCUACUGAAGCCAUGUAUGCUGCAACCAGGCGAGAAGGGUUCAAUGAUGUAGUGAGAGGGAGAAUCCUCUCAGGAAACUUUUUCUUAUUAAGAGAAAAUUAUGAGAAUUAUUUUGUCAAAGCACAGAAAGUGAGACGGCUCAUUGCUAAUGAUUUUGUGAAUGUUUUUAACUCUGGAGUGGAUGUGCUGCUAACUCCCACGACCUUGAGUGAGGCAGUGCCCUACACAGAAUUCAUCAAGGAAGACAACAGGACGCGCAGUGCCCAAGAUGACAUCUUUACACAGGCUGUCAAUAUGGCAGGAUUGCCAGCAGUGAGUGUCCCUGUGGCCCUCUCAAGCCAAGGGUUGCCAAUAGGACUACAGUUUAUUGGACGUGCAUUUUGUGACCAGCAGCUUCUUACAGUUGCCAAAUGGUUUGAAAAACAAGUCCAGUUUCCUGUUAUUCAACUUCAAGAGCUAAUGGAUGAUUGUUCAUCAGUCUUUGAAAAUGAAAAGUUAGCUUCUGUUUCUGUAAAAUAGUGAUAACUAUAUUGUGCACAUUAUAAUGACUUUUAAAGGUUUUUAUAUUCUAGAGAAGUCAGGUGUUCUUGAAAUUUGGUUCAUUGUCAACAUAGUCAUUCCUUGGAGUCGUUUUUUAAAAUUCUUGUGAUAUAGUUAAUUAUAAAUAAUCUGUCAGCAUUUACUUAGCAUCCACUCAGUAUAAACCAAAGUACAAGAGACCUGGGUUCAAUCCCUAGGUCGGAAAGAUUCCCUGGAGGAGACCAUAGCAACCCACUCCAGUAUUCUUGCCUGGAGAACUCUAUGGACAGAGGAGCCUGCGGGCUACAGUCCACGGGGUCACAGAGAGGCAGACACGCUCAAGUAGAAACCAAGUACAGGAUUUCUAUUAUAAUACGAGAUAAAUGUUGCUAAAAAAUGAUGCCUUCUAAAUUCAUUUAAAAGAACAUUGCUUACAGUGCAAGUAAGCUUAGGGGUAAACCUGUCAAGACUUGUAUGUCUUUGUAACCAAAACACAAACAUGAAUAGAAAGUGGUACUUUCAGAGAUAGCCUGGACAGCCCAGCUGGCAGGCAUUUCAACAUGUGGUAGAGGCUGCAGCAAAAGAGGUUAACAAUGCACAGAAACCAUAAAACGGGAACAUCCGCCUCUAGGUCUGAGCAGAGCAGGUGGAAGAGAAGCGCCAACACAGGAGGAGGUGGAACUUGCUGGCCCAGACGGGGCUGCCUCCCUCCGGGGAGAGCCCAUGUGGGCACUGUCCUCUUCUCUAGGAAUAGACCUGCAAUGAGAACUUUUCUCCUUUCCUGCUGAAAGUUAAAGUGUUUCUUCUACUAUUCCAGAGCCCUAUGCCAAGGAGCUCAGACUAACUCCUAGUUACACGGAGUUCAUUCUCCUAGUUACCAGUCACAAACUAGCUCAGUGGUGUCAGACAUUUGCUGUGACCUAACAAACUGAACUGAACUUGAAAAUUGGUAGCUACUGGAGCAUGGCUUAGUGAGAAAGUUUCAAUACACAAGUAAGAUCCAGUAUGAAAAACUUGUAGAUAACUUGGUGGGGCUGCAUGGGCCUCCUGCCUUACCCCAGAUUCUCUGUUCCUUACGGUUUUCUUACCCUCCUGACUUUCCUUACAAGUGCUCUCCCUUUAGGCACCUUUAGUGCAAAGAAAUAAGAAUGGGAAUAUGUAUUCAGAAUUUGGAAAAAAGAUCUAAUGAAAAGCAUUCAUUUCCCCACUAUAAAGGGCUUCCUUGGUAGCUCAGAUGGUAAAGAAUCUGCCUGCAAUGCAGGAGACCUGGGUUUGAUCCCCUAUAAGUUUUCAUCGUUGGAUUUGUCUUUGCCAGAAAACAGUUGUCAUCUCAUGUUUAUCAUGAAUUCUAAUUUGACAUUUAUUGUUUAUAAGUUUAAGUAGGGAGCUGAAUUAUUAUUUAAUAGAUUCACUUUGGUAAGAAAAAAAUAUUUUCUAAAUAUAAAAGACAUGAAGUAAAAACAUAAGAGGCACAACCUUCUGAGAACUACUGGAAAACAGUGUAAUGGGAGUUUAAACUGCCUGAUACAUUUCAUUAAUAGUUUUCUGUCUCCCUGGGAUCCUUCCACUAGCAAAUGCUCGAUCUGAUAAACUACAUAAAAGUUUUCUGUGCUCAGUGCACUAGUAUUCUGAAAGAUUUUGACUGUGAAUCCCUGAAAGGAAGAAAUUCAUGACAGAGAAUUGCUUUAUUUUGUAACAAGAGAAAACCCUUAGUUGGGGGAGAGAGUAUGAUGCAAAUGGCAAGCAAAUAAAUCUUUACCCCAGUCUUAUUUUAUGUGUGUAUAAUUUGAAAUAAAUGAUUUUCAAAGAA